AUGGACGAUUUGGCUCGUGGGUACUGGGCCGUGAAUGGAUUAGAAAUGAAUGAGCUUAAUGCUGGUGGAACGGGAUUAAAUUCCGACACCCUUUUGAUCAUCAAGUUUCCAGAUUCUCGGGUUCUGCGAAUUUUGUCAAGAUCGUUUUUCUUGGCUAUGGUUCUUCUCACAUUGUUUUCACUUGGCUCGAUUAUGAGAGAUUCUUCUGGCGCUUUUUAUGAAUCUGAUACCGGUUCAGAUGUCAUUGGCUUCAAAAUUCUGCCUAUUUUGUUCGGCGAUUUGGUCGAUGAAGGCCUAAUCAAGAUGGGCCACAAGGGCCUCAUUGUCGGAGCUGGUGCUGGAGAUAUUGAAGAUGAUUUAUAUUUCUCGAAGGAAAUCGGCAUUGAUUUGGUCACUGAAUCUGAUCUUCGCCGGAAGGAGAUCACCCAAAACGAGAUGUUUAAUUUUGUUUUCGCAUUGAGCUUCCGUGGAAUCAAGCAAAUCGACAACGUUCUUAAGAACAAUGGCAUUGUGAUUGCACCAUUGGGCAAUGAUCCCUCGAAUGAUCUACACCUUCAAACAAAUUACAGAAUUGUGUACCUUCGAAGAUACGAGAAUACCGUGGUGGCAAUGAGGAAAUCAAAGGCAUCAACUGGCUCGGAAAACUCCCUGGCGAAGCAGAUUUCCUGUGGAACUACGGUCGAGGCCAAGAAAGAUGGUUUGAAGGGCCUAGAAGAUGUUUAUCUCGAGCCCCCAAGACGUGCAUUGGCACAAUCGAGCUUCAGAUCAAGGAAAAUCAAGUUCCUUCCUGAUUUGUUGAAGGAUUCUUUGGAGAAUUAUCCCCGAAGAAUUUUCAUCGCAGAUGACUCAAGUGCAUUAGACUGGUUUUACAAAAACUAUCCAAAAAGGGAUCAAAAGUUCGAAAAUUUCAACAUGGAGCUUAAGGCGAGUACUGACGUUGAAUCAUCAUCACCUCAAGAAACCGCAGUAUCAACUUGGUUAACAAAGAGCGUGAAGAACGAGGACUACGUUGUAAUGAAGGCUGAAGCACAAGUAGUCGAGGAAAUGUUGAAGGAGAAGACUAUAUGUCUUGUGGAUGAACUGUUUUUAGAGUGUAAGAAUCAAUGGCAACAAGAAGGAGAAGAAGAGAAUGGGAGCAAGAGGGCAUAUUGGCAGUGUUUGGCAUUGUAUGGAAAAUUGAGAGAUGAAGGGGUUGCUGUACACCAAUGGUGA